UUCCGGUUUUUCCGGUCUCGACUCGUCAGACCAUGCGCGCGCGUAUUGCAGGGCUGCAUCCUACAAUAUGUCAAGGUUAACAAAUAAAGCUCGCGGUGUGUGUGUGUGUUUCCUGACGAGUGGGUGGAAAUGUCCUCAGCGUGUGUCCACAUCAUCUUCACUCGCCUCUGGAGGGAGGAGAAAAGAAGUAAAGGCAGGAUGUGGAUUUUAUAGCACUAACUCAGCAAGGCCAGAGUUUAAUCCAGCUGCUUCAUGGGCCACCAGAGCUUGGACGGAUGUUGCACAUGGACACGUACAAAGAAGAGGACUUUACUUGACCGUUCCCCUUGCAGAAGAAAACGCACUUCAGUCCAGGGAGCUGCCAGAAGCCAUCUACGAGAAGCUGGCCGAUGAGACGCUGGAUGCACUAGCAGAAUAUUUUGAGGAUCUCACUGAUGAGAGCUUCACUGCGCCUGACUAUGACGUGGUGUUUUCUAGUGGUGUCCUGACUGUGAAAGUAGGAGCUGAUCAUGGCACUUACGUCAUCAAUAAACAAACACCCAACAGACAGAUUUGGCUCUCCUCUCCUAUAAGUGGGCCGAAACGUUACGAUUGGACAGGAGAGCGCUGGGUGUACGCUCACGAUGGCAUGGCCUUGCACAAUCUGCUCUCUAAAGAGUUAUCUGCCAUCUUUCAAUCAAAUAUGGACCUGUCACAUCUCCUCCAUUCUUGAAAAGGACUAGAGGACGAGGAAACCACCAGCCUCGUGUCUUACUUUCAGGAACACAAAUAUACAAGCAGAAAUGGACAGAUGUGACGUUCACCAUUGCUCUUCCUUCAGAUCAGAAAUAUUUUAUUGACUCGUACUACUAUAUCUUCUGAAGAAAGACCUCUCCCUUUCCUCCCAUAGUGAAGAUGUUUUUUUGUUUUUUUUAAAUACAAAAUUUAACUCUUGACAAGUGUUCUCGGAGCAUCUGGCAGUACAAAUCAGCUCUUAAAGUGCGUUUAUUACACCUGCCAUCAUUUAAAUACCGAGGCCAAAUUACUAUUCAUAGUAGCAUGUGGAUUCAGUCGGAACGUGUUCAUUCAGUAAUCGUUCUAUUGUAGUCAUCAACCCCUUUAAGCACUGCUCUCUAUUCAAAAAUCCACUUGUUCAUUAUGGCGUAGGGUCGAGAGUGCUCUCACAAUCCCUGCCAGUGAAUCUGGUUGGAUUACAUUCGGAUUAAAAAGGUCAUUUUUGAACGGCGCACCAGCAAUGAACGAGACAAGAGAGCACUCUUUGUCAUUUGGGGCUAUUAAGUCAAUGCCAGUAAUUUAGAGAUCUGGACAUGGCUAGACUGCAGGCAGUGGAGUGGAGACUGGAGAGAGGAAGAGGGAGGGGAUUAUUAAAAAAAAAAAAGCUGUAGAAGUGCUGAUCAGAGCUGACUCUUCUGACUCUGGGUCUGACUCUGAGGUUUGUUUGGUGUUUGUUCAGUACGUUAUUUCGGUAUUAGUGUGGGACAUAUUUAAGUAUGGUAAUUAAAGGUCUGUAAUUAAAGAAUCAGUCCAUCAAUCAGCCAAUAAAUUCAAGGCGUGUGCUAGUCAAUAUGUACCCAUGUUACACUUAAAGCUGUGAGUCAUCCUCAUCUAUAAAACGUUUUUUUAUUUUCAAUUUGUGUUUGCACAGUAUGUUGUUGAUGAAUAUCUGUUCAUGAAAAAUAAAUUAUAUUCUUAUUAA